AACCCAUUACAAUUACUUACCUUGUGCUUUUCCCAGAUACAUAUGAAUUGAAAACAUACGAGUGGCUGGUGCUCGUGGCGAAGGGGUCAGUGUUAUAGAUUCCAACAGCUGCCUCAUCUGUCAUUUUCUUUGGGUAAGAAAAGUGGCAAAACGUGAGUAUUACAUUAAUACUUGCCUAACAAUGUUUGAACCAGACUGAUCUUUUAUCAAUAGGGGAAUUAAACAAAUUGGGGGCCUACUUAAUGCCUUAGUGGCAUUUACAUUGCAGGGAUUGAAUGAUCCAAUUUGUUACAAUCUGCAUAUGAAUUUGCUAACCAAAUCGAACGAGGCUUACACUUCAGUGGUUAUGCUUCCUCAGUCAUUUAGCUAUGUUCUCUGUCUCAAAAAUCACGUUGCAACUCUUCACUUGUUCGUGGGUUGAGAAAAUGAAUAAAAAUCGGUGGCCCAGAUUACUUGCUGUGUAGCAAGUUAUUACUCUUUGUUCACUUAGUAUAGCCUGUAGUUACUAACUCGAUAGAAAAGAACCGGCAUCCGUAUAAAAAUUCACAGAUUAUGAAUAUCACAAUGUUUGCUUUAUUGUGGAGAAAUCACUCCUUCCGUAUGAACCUUACCAACUAAAGACUUAUCAAUGACUUUUCACGAAGGAAAACUGGUCGACAAUCGAGUAAAUCUGACGGGGAAGGGUACUCGUUCAUCUAUGUAACGAUUGAUUUCAAACCUCGUUGGCAUGAUGAAGAGUAUUGCCGUGAAAAGAAGUUGGUCGAUAUCCACUUAGACAAGUGUAACUCACCUUAUAAACCAAGCCUAAAUCAAAACUAGUUAUGGGCUCAUACGUAGAAAGCACAUGUAGGGCUUUAUUCAUGUGGUUAUGCGAGGAGUCAAACGAAGCAAGAUUUUUUGUCGAGUUUCAGUUUUUAGUCCACUAGUCUUAUCUGUGCUCUGCACGCGCGAUGAGAAGAAUGCAAGCAAGAAAGAAACGGCAAUUGCUGUCAGUGAUUGUCAAAGAUUAAAACAGAGCAUUUCAGUAAUGUAGAGAGAGAGAGAGAGAGAGAGAGAGAGAGAGAGAGAUGAGCUCCAUGCUCACACCCACCAUCUCCUUCACCAAUACUAGCGCCGCUCAUAUCUCGCAGAAGCCAUCGCCACCUCCUACCCACCACACGUUGUCCCAAAGAAUCCACAUUCCUUCUCAUGUCUACGAGCACCCAGCAGCCAUCCUCCUCGAGCUCUGCACUUCCAUGAGAGAGCUCCGCGAAAUCAUCCCUCUCGUCAUCAAGAACGGCCUCUGCGGCGAGCCCCUCUUCCAAACCAAGCUCGUCAGCCUGUUCUGCAACUACGGUAGCGUCGCCGACGCGGCUCGCGUCUUCGAGCCCAUCGAGGACAAGCUCGACGCGCUCUACCACACCCUGCUCAAAGGGUACGCAAAGAACUCGUCUUUAGACGAGGCGCUGUCUUUCUUCUGUAGGAUGAAGCGCGAUGAUGUGAAGCCCAUCGUGUAUAACUUCACUUACCUGCUGAAAGUUUGCGGCGACAAUGCGGACCUUAGGAGAGGGAAGGAGAUUCACGGGCAGCUGGUGGCUAGUGGGUUCGCGUCCAAUGUGUUCGCCAUGACUGGGGUUGUGAAUAUGUAUGCGAAGUGUAGGCAGAUUGGGGAAGCGUACAAGAUGUUUGACAGAUUGCCGCACAGAGACUUGGUCUCCUGGAAUACGAUAAUUUCUGGUUAUGCUCAAAAUUGCUGGGCGGCUCCAGCGCUGGAGUUGGUUUUGCACAUGCAGGAGGAAGGACAGAGGCCUGACUCCAUCACCUUGGUCACGGUUUUGCCUGCCGUUGCUGAUGUUGGGUCCUUGAGGAUCGGCAAGUCUAUACAUGGUUAUGCUGUGAGAGCUGGAUUUGAUUGUCUGGUGAAUGUUUCGACUGCUUUGUUGGAUAUGUACUCUAAGUGCAAGACAGUGAAGACUGCUCGAGUAAUUUUCGAUUGGAUUGAGCAGAGGACCGUGGUUACUUGGAAUUCUAUGAUUGAUGGUUAUGUAGAAAAUGAAAAUCCUAAGGAAGCAAUUGCGAUUUUUGAAAAGAUGUUGGACGAACAGGUGGAGCCAACAAAUGUAACUGUAAUGGGGGCACUCCAUGCUUGUGCUGAUUUGGGUGAUCUUGAGCGAGGGAUGUUUGUUCACAAGUUGUUGACUAGGCUGAAACUCGACUCUAAUGUUUCGGUGAUGAAUUCUUUGAUUUCCAUGUAUUCCAAAUGUAAGAGAGUAGAUCUUGCUGCAGAAAUAUUCAACAACUUACGGGAGAAAACCCUUGUCUCCUGGAAUGCAAUGAUAUUAGGUUUCGCGCAGAACGGGUGUGUGAGUGAGGCUCUGAAUCACUUUUGCCGGAUGCACUCUCAAAAUGUAAAACCAGAUACAUUCACAAUGGUGAGUGUGAUUCCCGCUCUUGCGGAAUUAUCCGUGACCCGGCAAGCAAAGUGGAUUCAUGGACUGGUCAUAAGAUCUUGCAUGGACAAGAACAUUUAUGUGAUGACUGCUCUUGUUGACAUGUAUGCAAAAUGUGGAGCCGUUGAUACUGCCAGAAAGCUCUUUGACAUGAUGAAAGACCGGCAUGUCAUAACCUGGAACGCUAUGAUAGACGGAUAUGGUACACAUGGGCAUGGGCAGUCUGCUGUGGAACUGUUCAAAGCAAUGCAGAAUGGGACCGUUAGGCCAAAUGAUAUAACUUUCCUUUGCAUCCUUUCUGCUUGCAGCCAUUCGGGUUUGGUCGAUGAGGGUCUCCGUUACUUCGACAGCAUGAAGCAAGACUAUGGCAUGGAACCUACAAUGGAUCACUAUGGCUCCGUGGUUGACCUUCUUGGUCGAGCUGGUCGUCUCAAAGAAGCUUGGGAUUUUAUCCAAAAGAUGCCUAUUGAACCUGGAAUCACCAUCUUUGGGGCGAUGCUGGGUGCCUGCAAGAUUCAUAAAAAUGUUGAACUGGGAGAGAAGGCAGCAAAUAAGCUGUUUGAAUUGAACCCACAAGAGGGCGGGUACCAUGUACUGCUUGCUAAUAUAUAUGCCACAGCCUCGAUGUGGAGUAAAGUGGCCGAGGUGAGAAAAAUCAUGGAGAAGGAAGGGCUUCAAAAGACUCCUGGUUGUAGUUUAGUGGAGUUGAGAAAUGAGGUCCAUAGUUUCUAUUCUGGAAGCACUGAUCAUCCUCAGUCUAAAAGGAUUUAUGCAUUUCUUGAAACUCUUGUUGAUGAGAUUAAAGCUGCUGGUUAUGUGCCUGACACCCAUUCUAUCCAUGACGUGGAAGAUGAUGUGAAGGAGCAGCUGCUCAACAGCCAUAGCGAGAGGCUGGCUAUUGCAUUUGGGCUUCUAAAUACCAGCCCUGGCAUGACGAUACACAUCCGCAAGAACUUAAGAGUUUGUGGGGAUUGCCACAAUGCAACAAAAUACAUUUCCCUUGUGACAGGAAGAGAAAUAAUCGUGCGUGAUAUGCAACGGUUUCACCACUUCAAGAAUGGAACAUGCUCUUGUGGAGAUUACUGGUGAAACCUGUAUUUAGGAUGAGGACCAUAAUUGGGAAUUGCUGGAGUGUCGCUGCAAGUUAGUGAGGAAGCCUUGCAAUUUUGUAUGCUGAUACAUUAGGUUGCAUCGAAAUGUCUGUGGACCUUAUCAGCUUCCAUGGUCAGACAGCAGGUUGCGGAAGUGUGAAAAGCACAUUGCAGCAGAUUUGGAGAGAAGGGAAAACAGCAAUGAGUAUCCCCAUUUUGUAGUUUGUACAUUCACUCAAAUGGGAAUAGCCCUGAUCACAUAUUCAUUUACUGAUUAUACUGUAUUCUUUUCCCUUUUGGUCAUAUUUGUACGAAUAUGUAUAUUUCUCGAUAUGAUUGAAACUCAAUAAACUCGUAUGAGGGUUUCUUCUACAUGCACUGUUUCAUUCACUCAUUUC